AUGCGAAGAAUAUCCAUAUUUUGUAGCACCUUAACAAUGUCUACGCCUUAUUACUGCAUAUUUUUGGCUGUUCUCACAUUCGUAGCCAAUAUUGUCUCUGCAAGUACAACGGCAUGUUUACCAGCAAACGAAAGGAAAAAUGGGAUGAAUAUCAACUUUUAUCAGUAUUCAUUGAAGGAUUCAUCUACAUAUUCUAACGCGGUUUAUAUGGCUUCUGGAUAUGCCAAUAAGGUUCAAAUAGGAUCCGUUAGUGGGCAAACUGACAUCUCCAUCGACUAUAACAUUCCUUGUGUUAGUUCAUCCGGAACUUUUGCUUGCCCUCAAGGAGAUGUUACUAUUACGAGAAGAGGCUGGUCGUGCCAACGUAAGGCUUGCUCUAAUAGCCAAGCUGUUGCCUACUGGAGUUCAGAUUUGUUUGGUUUCUAUACGACCCCAACAAAUGUAACUUUGGAAAUGACAGGCUACUUUUUGCCACCACAGACUGGUACCUACACAUUUAGCUUUGCAACGGUGGAUGAUUCAGCAGUUUUAUCAGUCGGAGGUGAUGUCGCAUUUGAAUGUUGUGCACAAGAACAACCUCCCAUCACUUCAACUAACUUUACAAUCAAUGGUAUCAAACCAUGGSRKGGRAGYYUGCCUCCUAACAUCGAAGGGUCAGUCUACAUGUAUGCURAUUACUACUAUCCUAUGAAAGUUGUUUACUCAAAUGCUGUUUCUUGGGGUACACUYCCAAUUAGUGURRMAUURCCAGAUGGCACUACUGUUAGUGAYGAYUUCGASGGGUAYGUCUAUWCYUUUGAWRAYRACYURKMYCAGSCYAACUGUACCGUUCCAGACCCCCCAAACUAUACCACUACAGGAAUAAUCACCACCACAACAGAACCGUGGACCGGCGCGUAUACAACGACAGACACUCAGACCUCUACUGUUACAGGUCUCAACGGUUUACCAACGGAUGAAACUAUCAUUGCAAUUAAGACACCAACAAGUGUCAGCUCAUCGAGUGUUUCAUCCUCUGCUGUUACCAGUUCUGCUACCACAUCGUCUGAUGUAACUAGUUCUUCAAUUGUCACAUCCUCUGAAGUAACCAGUUCUGCUUCCACAUCGUCUGAUGUAACUAGUUCUUCAAUUGUCACAUCCUCUGAAGUAACCAGUUCUGCUUCCACAUCCUCUGACGUGACAAGCUCUUCUUCCGCAUCGUCUGAUGUUACCAGUUCAACCUCUUCCACAUCGUCUGAUGUAACUAGUUCU